AAGUGCGGUUCCUUGUGCAGAAGUUCAACAAAGAACGCGCUCUUCUCGUGAAGUUAGCUUGGUAGUCUGGUGCAGUACUUUACACACGCGCUCUCUCUCCUCCCCUCGAGAAUCCGCUCUCUGAUCGAGAAUAAACCCUAGAAAACGAGAGAGAAUGAGAAGGAAUCCGGAGCUGGAUUGCCGAUGCUGAAGAAGAACGGGGAGCUGCUGCAGAGUGAUUUAUUGUCGCCUGAAGCAAUGACGGGGAGGGGGUCAUCGGGGAGGACGCCGACAUGGAAGGAAAGGGAGAACAAUAAGAGGAGGGAGAGGAGGCGGAGGGCCAUUGCUGCUAAGAUCUACACUGGUCUCAGAGCUCAGGGGAACUAUAAACUCCCUAAGCACUGUGACAACAACGAGGUCUUGAAGGCGCUUUGUAAUGAAGCUGGUUGGGUGGUUGAAGAAGAUGGCACCACCUAUCGCAAGGGAUGCAAGCCACCUCCGAUUGAUAUUGGCACUUCUGCAAACAUGAGUGCCUGUUCCUCUCUUCAACCAAGCCCACAGUCCUCAUGCUUCCCAAGUCCUGUACCUUCCUAUCAUGCCAGCCCUUCUUCAUCUUCCUUUCCGAGUCCAUCUCGAUUUGAUGGAAAUCCAUCUUCUUAUCUUCUGCCAUUCUUUCAAAACAUAUCCUCUAUCCCUGCUAAUCUCCCUCCUCUUAGGAUAUCAAACAGUGCACCUGUCACUCCCCCUCUUUCUUCCCCAACGUCUAGGGGUUCAAAGAGAAAGCCAGAUUGGGAGUCCAUUUCCAAUAGCUACGUGGCCUCUUUCCGCCAUCCCCUCUUUGCUGCCUCUGCUCCUUCAAGUCCUACAAGAUGCCACCAUCUUACACCAGCAACAAUUCCAGAAUGUGACGAGUCUGAUGCUUCAACUGUGGACUCUGGCCGCUGGGUCAGUUUCCAGACUGUGACACCUUCUAUGGCUCCUCCUUCCCCUACAUUUAAUCUGAUGAAACCAGUGAAUCAACAAAACUGUCUCGAGGAUGCAGUUGACAGACAUGGAGCAAUGGGCUGGGGUGCCCCAUCAUCUGAUAGGGGACGAGGCAGUGAGUUUGAAUUUGAGAAAUUUGAGAGUGGCACAGUGAAGCCAUGGGAGGGUGAGAGAAUUCAUGAAGUUGGGGUGGAUGAUUUGGAGCUUACGCUUGGGAGUGGGAAGGCCCGUGGUUAAUCAUCCACUUGAAGAUAUUUAUUUCAAGAAAUUAAGUGCCUGCUCUUUAAAGGUUAUCGGUUUAUAUUCACAAAAUAUGUUUACUUUCUUAGCUUGGACCUGCACUUCUGCUACCAUUAGACCGAACCCGGUGCCAUCUUAUGCCUUCAUUUGAACAGUUCUUUCUCUUUGGAGCCUUUGCAAGAAUCUGAAGUUGUUACAUCUUGUAGUGGAAGAGCAAUCAACAUUUGAGUCAAGACCCAGGAAAGGACUGCAUUCUGUGCUGGAGAAUGAGAAGAACAAUGCCGUUGUGAUGGUUAUAUAUUUUUCAUCCCCCUUGGAGCGCUUUCAAUUUUUUCUGGAUCUUGUGAUCCUUCAAAUUUGCCCACGUGUAUCAGAAAGUUCUUGUAUAUAGAAUCUCUAAUUCAUCUUGCUUGGCAUUAUUGAUACAAAUUUCUAUCCUUGCAGAACGCUAAAGAAAUGAACAACAGUGGGAAAGUUGUUAUGAACAUUUGCCCAUUUUCCGGGUCAGUUAUGGUUCUUUCCAUUUUCUGUUUUCAUCCAAGGUCAAUCAUAUACCAUAUUUCCAAAGGGCCUAUCUAGUGUCUAUAUAUAUCAAUAUCCCGAGCAARACACAUAUUUCCUGGCCUAUAUUUCUAGAUCUCAGAUUUGCUAGUCUGUUGAUGUUGGCUCCAUCCUUUAUACUCUACAAACUGGAUGUUGAACUGCAAAUAAAUACUGUAAUUAUGUGAACGUUGGGUUCCAAGAAGAUGUCCAGAGGGUGAAGGAGAAAUGAGUUUUAGGUGAGGGGGCAAUUCUGAGCUUUCUGCAGUGUGGUGGCUGCCUGUUAUCUUGUGGUCCAGAUGAGCAAGGAAUCCAAGGGCCAGGACAAGGGGCCAAAGGGCCGCGACAUGAGAAGUCUGUCUUUUCGGCUACUGGACCUUUAGAGCCCUUUCUGCCUGCACCCGUGCCGUGCCGUAGCUCGAUCUUCAUAUCGGUGGCUUUCUUUUUCAUGGAUGCCUUGGCCUGGUCGUUGUGACCCCCUUUGUGAGGACGCACCGCUUUUUCCGACGUUGUUUAGAUCGAGUAACAUCAGUAAGCAAGCAGUGAGGUAAAGAUGAGAAAUGAAAGAAAUUUAAUGAAACAAUAAAACGUAUAGGUUUUACAUCAUCUUUUUAUUGCAAAAUAGGAGGAAAAGAAUAAAUUUGGUACUAGAAUUCUUUCUGAAUUUCAAUAUAUAUGCGGGUCCAUCGAUUUGAUCUC